GUCUGAGCCUGCAUUCCUUCCAGAGAUAUGCCGCUGUGGGGCCGGAGGCUAAAUUUAGAAGGUAGCUAAGGUUUCCUGUUAACAGCUGUCCUGCCCCUCAGAGAAGAGGCACUGGGGAGAAAGAGCCGGGCCCUCUCACGGUGGGGCUCCUGGCCGGUUCCUCUGGCGCCCCCAGUCCUUGGGAGACUGCCCCUCGGUGUGGAGACGCAGACAGACCCACGAGGCCGACUGGCUGCCAUGGCGACCGGUGGGGACCGCGAGGAGGAGCAGGUCGUCCCACGUGAGGAUGAAGCGGAGGUGAGGGCCGUGCAGGCCCGGUACCUCCUCCGGAGCCCCUCGCCCAGCCAGUUCUCCGUGGUCUCCGAGGCGGAAACAGAAAGCAUUUUCAUGGAGCCCAUUCACCUCUCCUCAGCUGUGGCUGCCAAACGGAUCAUUAACGAAGAACUCAGGCCGCGGGGGGUCAGGGCCGAGGCCGAGCGUCCGGGCAUGCUGGAGUCCGCCGAGCAGCUGCUGGUGGAGGACCUGUACAACCGCGUCCGGGAGAAGAUGGAUGACACCAGCCUGUACAACACCCCCUGCGUCCUGGACCUGCAGCGGGCCCUGGUCCAAGACCGCCAAGAGACCCCCUGGAAUGAGGUGGACGAGGUCUGGCCCAACGUCUUCAUAGCAGAGAAGAGCGUGGCCGUGAACAAGGGCAGGCUGAAGAGGCUGGGGAUUACCCACAUCCUGAAUGCCGCUCACGGCACCGGCGUCUACACGGGGCCCGAGUUCUACAGUGGCCUGGACAUCCAGUACCUGGGGGUGGAGGUGGACGACUUUCCCGAGGUGGACAUCUCCCGGCACUUCCGGAAGGCCGCCGAGUUCCUGGACGAGGCCCUGCUCACCUGCCGAGGGAAGGUGCUGGUCAGCAGCGAGAUGGGCGUCAGCCGGUCGGCGGUGCUGGUGGUGGCCUACCUGAUGAUCUUCCACCACAUGGCCGUCCUGGAGGCCUUGAUGACUGUGCGGAGGAGGCGGGCCAUCUACCCCAACGACGGCUUCCUGAGGCAGCUCCGGGAGCUCAACGAGAGGCUGAUGCAGGAGAGAGACGAGGAGGGCUCUGUGCUCGGGGCCGAGGUCGGCAAGGCCCCAGGGAGCGCCGGGGCCAGGGUGCACAGCCUCAGCCUCACAGUGGAGGAGGAGGACACCGCCAGCCGCCUGAGCAGCUCCUGGGGGACGGCCAGCCAGGCCCCCCGGCCCCUCGCCCUCAUCGACGACCAGGAGCAGUGGGAAGAGCAGGGCCUCCCCCCAGGCAAGGCCCCCCAGGGGGGACACGGCAGGCGUUCUGCACCCCCUGCCCCGGGCGUGGAGGAGCCCGAGGAGGAGGGUGUGGGGAGGCUGGUCCGUGAGUGGCAGAGCCGAAAUGAGAGGUACCAGGCCGAAGGGCACCGGGAGUGGGGGCUGGAGGAGGAGGAGGAGGGGGGCGCUGGCGCCUUCGCAGGGAGAUGGAGCAGGUGCGCCCUGAGCGAGAGCAGCACCUCGGAGAGCACGAGCAGCCGUGAUAUUUGGGUCCUGAAGCAGCAACUGGAGAUGAGCCGCCAGAGCCCAGCGGGGAGGCCGCGUUCCGACUCUGUGUCCACGGAGAGCACCUGGGACGCGUGGAACCAGAGGCUGCUGGAGAUUGAGCAGGAAGCCUCCCAGAAGUACCGCUCCAGGAGCGGGAGGGAAGAGGGCAGGAGCUCAGAGGCGGGGGGCAGCGCGCGAGACGCCGACGAGGAGAGCGUGCUGUCCGAGGCCAGCUCCUUCUACAACUUCUGCAGCAGGAACAAGGACAAGCUCACCGCCCUCGAGAGGUGGAAGAUCAAGAGGAUCCAAUUUGGAUUUCACAAGAGGGACUCGGAGGCCGGAGACAGCAGCUGUGAGCCAGGUGCAGAGGAGGCCGAGCUGGAGAAGAAAGGCGUCCCUGAUGUCAGCCUGACAGCCUACCAGGCCUGGAAGCUGAAACACCAGAAGAAGGUGGGCAGUGAGAACAAGGAGGAGGUGGCGGGACUCAGCAAGGGGGAGGCAUCAACCUUGGCCAAGAAGAGGCAGCGGAGGCUGGAGCUGCUGGAGAGAAGCAGGCAGACGCUGGGGGAGAGCCAGUCCAUGAGCAGCUGGGAGGCCGACAGCUCGGCGGCCAGCCGGAGCAUCCCCCUGUCUGCCUUCUGGCCUGCAGCCCCCUCUGUCAGUGCUGAUGGGGACACAGCAUCAGUACUCAGCACCCAGAGCCUCAGCUCCCACCCGUCUCAGGCUGUAAACAACACAGGGGGAUGUUCGGCCUCCGCCCCCACCACACCGCUGCCUAACCUGCCAGUGGGGCCCGGAGACACCAUUUCCAUUGCCAGUAUCCAGAACUGGAUCGCGAAUGUAGUCAGCGAAACUCUCGCCCAGAAGCAAAAUGAGAUGCUGCUUCUGUCCUGCCCCCCGAAGGCGGCGCCGGCAGCCGGCUGCCUGGGGGAUGACCAGGUCUCCAUGCUCAGCGCACAGAGCGCCUCCUCCCUGGGCCUCGCCCCUCGGGGCCAGGCCGGACCCAGUUCCGACACGCGGUCCCUGCUGUCGGGCCACAGCACGCCGAGCUCCUGGGCGGAAGGCGUGGGGGGCCGAGCGAGGGGGACCAGCAAGCCCACCUACAGCCUCUUUGCUGAGCACGUCAACCUGAAGGAGCUUGGCCAGAAGGAGAAGGAGAAGCAGGUGGAGCUGAGGGAGAAGAUGUCUGAGUACACGAUGGAGAAGCUGGCCUCCGACCACAAGCGCAGCAACCUUUUCAAGAAGAAGAAGGUCACGGAGGGGGAGUGUGGGGACGGGGCCGAGGGAGAGGAGGAGGCCGACAGUGCCAUAGGCAGCUUCCGCUAUUCCUCCCGAGGCGGCUCCCAAAAACCUGACACGGAGGCCAGCUCCUCGCUGGAUGUCUCGGGCCUCUACGGCAGUGGCGGCGGGGCGAGCCACGAGGCGGACAGCACUAUUAACAAGUGGCUCCGUGGCCUCGCGACAGAGGAAAGAUCUCCUCCCCAAAGCGACUGGUCUGGAAGCUCCAGGGGCCGGUACACCAGGUCUUCCCUGCUCCGGGAGACGGAGUCCACGUCGUCCAGUUACAAGUUCUCCAAGUCGCGGUCGGAGGAGCGGGACACCUCCUGCUACCACGCGGCCGACGGCAGCUCUGUGAGAAGCUCUUCCCGUUUCUCUUCCUCCGCCACCCGGGAGGGCAGCGAGACACACAGGUUCUCCAGGGCCCUGUUCAGCGAGACCUCGAGCUCCCGGGAGGCCAGCCCCGAGCCCUCGGCAGGGGAAGACUCCCCGGAGCCCCCGAGCCCCGACGGGGCCAGGCCCAGGGGCUGGGGGGACGCGCAGGCGUCGUCCAGGGCGGACUUCUCUGAGUUCGGAGCCAAGAGGAAAUUCACGCAGAGCUUCGUGAGGUCUGAAGAGGAGGGAGAGAAGGAGAGGACCGAAAGCAGCGAAGAAGGGAGGUUUGCCUCCGGGCGGCGCGCCCGCUGCCGGCGAAGCACUGCCGACGGCGAGGAGGAGGAAAUGGACGACGACGCGGUCAUCGCGGCCUGGAGGCGCCGGCAGGAGGAGACCAGGACCAAGCUGCAGAGGAGGAGGGAGGACUAG